CAACGUGCAGCGCUCGCGUCGCGAGGUUCACGGAGCCCCUCGUGGCCUGGUCUAGAUGGUGGUCGAUCACGUGGUCCGCGCCGAGCCAACGACAGGGGACAGGGGACCGGCUCGGGAGGAGAUCGCCGCUGACCGCUCCGCAUCUGCGGGUAAGAGGUCGGAAUAGAUGCGCCUGCCGACGGUGGCGAGGGCCGCGCCGACUCCGUGAUGGACAACUCCGGGGCCGCGAGAGACGGUCGGUACGCGGCACUGGGGUACGGCAUGGGCUUGCUGGCGAGCGAGACGGCCGGCUCGCCCGGGCCCGAGAUAUACGGCCGGGCCUCGACCUCCCAGCUGGCUGCUAGUUCGCAGAUGGUCCGCGGCGGCGCCGCCAUCAUGGCCGCCGGUGGCGCCCCCGCCGGCUCGCCCGGUGGCCACGUGCAGCAGCAGCAGCAGCGCGGCAUCAAGCGCUCCACCGGCGACGUGUGCUACGACGAACCUGCCAACCCCAGGCAGGCUAUGGCCCAGGGCCAGCCGAUGCCGGGCAUGCCCGGCCCCGGCGAGUGCGUCGCCGAUAACCUCGACGAGUCCUUCUCUGGCCUCGGCCACCCCAAGAAGUCCCCGCCGUCCAACGGCAAGAAAACCAAGGGCAGGGUCAAGAUUAAGAUGGAGUACAUCGAUAACAAACUCAGAAGGUACACCACCUUCUCCAAGAGGAAGACUGGCAUCAUGAAGAAGGCGUACGAGCUGUCGACGUUGACCGGGACCCAGGUGAUGCUCCUGGUGGCCAGCGAGACGGGACACGUGUACACGUUCGCUACCCGGAAGCUCCAGCCGAUGAUAACCAGCGAGGCCGGGAAGGCGCUCAUCCAGACCUGCCUGAACAGUCCGGACCCUCCGCCCUCGGGCUCCUCGGGUGACCAGCGAAUGUCGGCCACCGGGUUCGAGGAGACCGAGUUAACGUACAACAUCGGCGACGAGGAGCAGAAAGUAAGGCAACUGGUGUACGGAUCGUCGCACGGUGGCUCGUUACACGGCGGUUACAGCGGUGGCAGCGGGCCACCGGGAACGCAGCACGUGGCGGCUCAGCACGCACAGCACGCUCAGCAUGCGCAUCUGAUAGCGCACGCGCACGCUGGCUCGCCGAGCUCGCACCUGGUGCCGUGCUCGAGUCCAGGACCCAUGCUGACGGGAGGACCGUACCAACAGUCCUGCCCGUCUCCCUUGCCACCGCCCCACGCGACCUACCAUCCGCACAUGUCGCAUUCUCAUCCUCAACGAUAGUUCGUCGAGGAACCCUUUCGCUUGUCGCGCGCACGCGCCUUCGUAGAGAUGAUGCCACGAGUCGAAUGCCUCCUACUCGAGUCGAUCGCGUACCCGAGGGUUAGGGCGAGACCUACCCUCUACUAGCACCGAGCGUUAUUCGGCUCAUUCGAGUUCUCUCGUCUUUUACCGAGUCUCGACUCGAGUCCUAACUCGGGUUCAUGGAGCGAUUCGACUCGUCGCGUCGCUGGUUCUUCGUUGUGCCCCUUGUGCUCGUCGAGAUGUCUUCCCGUACCGUCCGUCCGGCUUGCAACUCCGGACCCCGGCCACGAGGGCGGCCCCGAUGGCGGGGUCACCCUCCCCGGCUGUAGAUGUAGCAGUUUGAGCAUGCGAAUAACCGUUCUUAGUUGUUUUUUUUUUUAGCAUCUGCAUGGUUCGAGCGACGGGGCACUGGCGGAAACUUAGGCUACGGUCCCGGCUGCAUUCGUAGACCCAGGCGAGACUGGCUGCGACUAGUUGACCCGCAGAAGUCGCGUGAUCUCGAUGCGAGAAUCGGGACCUCUCGGAGUUCUGUACGCGCGAGGGUUGUCCCGGAGGAACGGGGAGGCGACGAGUUGAGUAUUUCCUCUGGUUAACCCUUUGAUCGAGAGGAGCGCCCGAAGAUGGCCAAGUUUUCCUUGUACCUUAACCCUGCACCUUUGUUUUCGACACAUUUCUUUUUUUUUUUUCUUUUUUCAAGACCUCGGUCAAGGGGUUAACUCGGGUCCAGCAUGUAUUCCAGUCGAUUCGAGUCAUUUUUAACGUAACUCGAGGUGUUGGCACGAAGUGCGAGGUAGGAAAGUAAGAGCGAGACCGAGUCACGGGUACUUUCUUUACCGAGUUGUCGACUCGAGUUCGUGUUAUUUAAACCGUUUGAACUUUAUAUUCGAGUUAAGAAGUAGUCGACUCGUCGCGUCACCGACUGGGAACCCUGGGGAAGAAGCGCCGUUUCUAAUGAGGAUAUCGCACUAGGUCGGUAGGGUACUAAUGUCGCAAUUCGCGGGGAGCAUUGCAACGUCCCUCGGAGGGUAGGACAGGAAAGGGUGUCCCUUCCUCGGUGUUUUCGGAUUAGCUCGCAGGAUCCCGCGAUGGGAGAAUUAUUAGUGGUAGUUUUUAUUAACUCGCGGUUACUUGCAUCGCGCACAAGUCCCUUCUCCGGCGAGGUGCAAUGGUACUUAGGCUAGAUUCCAAGACUCGUGCAAUCGACGGGCGUUUCUCUCGGCGAAGGGCGCGAGCGGUUAAUGAGAAAUGAAGAGAAACGGGUAAAUCCGUAACCAGGAAGUGGGCAAGGGAGAGACAGAAGUUCGCGGGGCAAAAAUAGACGCAUCAGUCGGCACAGGAUCUGUGCAGUCUUGUGCCGGCUCGGUUUUCAUUGAGUUUUCGCGUCACUGCAAUUUGACACGCCAGGGGAUAUAAUAGUAACGACGUUUACUCGACAUUAAUUCUGGUACAGGAUUUUCAACUGCGAGCGGAAAGUCGUUACGCUAUGCCACGAGAAUUUGAUGUCGGUACGGAAUCUUUGCAGUCUCACGUCGGCUCGAUUUUCAGUGAAUUCUCGCACCGCAAAUGUCGUUACGCGAUGCACCUAGAGAAACUACAGUGAAAAGGUGCGCAAAAGGAAUAGGGAUCGAUGUAAUCGUGCGAGAAAUAAAAUACCGGUCGAUCCUUCGGUACGGGGGGGAUUAAGUGCAUCGUAUAUGGACUUUCCGCGGAGCAUGGCGCGGCGAUGGCGAUGGAAGAAAAGAAUUGCCCCCCUUAUUUCUUUCUUUCUUUCUUUCUUUCUUUUUUUUUCUUUCUCCCCGUAGAAUUCUUAUGUCAGUUAAGCAAGUGUCAACGGCACUCGUUCCCUAUUCCGCGGGGUUCGCGGAUGGCAGAAAUCGAUGUCCGUGGAAAGCGUUGCGCAAACUCGUUUCACUUAAAACCUAACCGGUAUCGGAGAUGGCUACCGUGGAAACUAAACUCUAAGUCGGCGUAAAGUGCAAUCGGUCCCGGAGAGAUUUGACCGUAACGAGGCGCUUUGCGAGUUAAACGACUAAUGGGUGGAGGCCCACCGGUGAACCGACAUUUUGUACGAAUCAGGGCGAACGUCGCGUUCCUCCGUCGCGGAGACUCGGUUUUCCAUCUACUAUGCUCGUCUCGUGUUAACCCGACCCCUGUAUUCUCUUUUAGUUCUGUCCCACGCGACUCGGCAUUCGUGGCCAUCCUAGGCUACCUCGUAUCCUGAUAGAUGGCCGACGACAGUGCGCGUUUCUUCCUCGUUAGUAGACUCUCUCUCGGUUCUCACCUACCGUUAUGGCGGACGUCGGCCGCGGUUUUUGUCCCCGACUUCGGCGGAGCGAGCUCGCAAAUUUUCAACCUAGUCCUUCCUGGUUCUAGCUCUCGAGCCCGUCUUCUUCCGGCGAGAAAGAGCCGACGUAACGAGUUAUCGUAACCAGACUCGAGAGUUAGAGACUCCUGGUACCGAUGGGUGCGUCUUGGUACCCGCGGUAGCUCGAACGCUUUCCAAAUUUAAGGAGAGAAAAAAAGAAAGUCACGGACCCCCUAAAUUAUACGAAAUUGUUAAAUGUGUUUUGUGCCAACCCCCGGCAAGGGUCUUGAAAAAAAAAUAAGCCUGCAGGGCUAAAUUUAUUCAUUUUAAUCGUCACUAUCUCCGACUUUACGGUGAUAAGAAUUCGACGCGCGGGUCGCAGUUCUCCAAGGGGGCCAACAUCUAAAUCCGUAUUUCUCGGUGAAGCUUAUAGGUCUCUCUCUUUCUCUCGCGCGCGCGCGAAUGUAGAAAUAGCGUCCGAAUUGGUGCGCGCGAGUUCUCGCUCCUCGGAGGAGGUUCCGACGUCGCGGCGAAGUACUCGCGAGCGUAUCGAGGUACUCUGCGAUAUUUCGAGGUAUUUUUAAGCGACGGGGGGUAUUUCGAGGCGUUACGAGAACACCCAGGAUAUUGUUCUCGGAUCCGAGUCAGGCUGUGCUUAUUCCGUCGACGUGUAUCGUUCUCUCUGUGAGAGCUAGUUCUGGUCCGUCCUGGUCCGAGGGCCACCCAAGGUGCAAAUCGGUAGUCGAUCGUUGAAGGAUCCGCGUCAUUCGAUACGCGUUAAAUGUCUUUCGGAAGGUCCUCUCGAAGGUCUGGCGUGGGAGUAAUCGGCAUUCUCUUCUCUGUCGUGUACUGCUCGGUAAUCUCGUAAGUGAAAAUCGAGUCUUCGAGAUCGGGUUCUGUCGAGCAUCACAUAGUCCAGGGUCGGCGAGGUUCCGUCCCCUCGCGAAAUUGGUCUCUAAGAGACUGUCAAAGUAGAUUCUUCAUCGAUACGAUUCCUUAUCACAGGUACUAAGUUUUCAACUUUAGGGUUUGUUUGAGGCCACGUAGAAUUUUUUUAACGGAACGUCUGUAUUUUUUUGGAAAUCAAGUGUCCUGUCCUUUGGUCUUGGACGAGCCGAAGGUAUCAAAAAUGAUCCGGGUACCGCGUGGGGAAAAAAUAAGUGGAAAAAUGACGAAUUGUAAUUAUCGUUAAAUUAACGCACAUAAUGAGGGAACGAGUCGUGACGGUUUUGGAUAUGUUGGAUGCUUGCAGUCUCUCUUUCUUGGCUACGGUGAGAUUCGUUCUUUUCACGUGCUCGCGGUGCCUCCGAUCGUCGUCGUAGCUCUGUAGUUUUAAAUGCCAGUCCAAAGACCUCUCAUCGUAGACAAGUGUGGCAUUAGUUGGGGAGAAGAGUGUUUCCCCCGCGUUAGGCGAAGGAAAAUGCGCGUAAACCACUUCGUUUAGGUUUAGGCUAAAUAACUCAUGUGAUGACCUGUACAGCCCGUCUUCUCGUUUUUCAUAAUUAAUUUAUAUUGUAUUUAUUAACAGAAAUAAUUGUACCCAUUGUCAGGGCGCGCCCGAAGGGGGUGUUCUGUUUUCUCUCUGUUUUAUAUGUAUAUUUCUUCUUUUUUUUUUAUCCGAUAUAAAUUAGCAUCGUAUUAAAUGCGUUAGGGUCGUCUUAAAGUAAGAGACAUGUCGGACCGGUCGUUCGGGGUUUGCGCUGGUGAAUUCGACGUAGCUUUUGUAAAAAUGUAUUCGGUAGAAAGAAGGGAGGAGAGAGAAAAGGAAAAACGUGCCAGGGGAUUGCGCGAAGACGGUAUUUUUAUUCGAUGGCAAACAUGGCCGUCGAAUUUUUUGUCUGCUUUUCGGAUGAUCCCCUGGAUUAUAUCGAUUCAUGGGCCCUUUUUUUUUAUUUUUUUGCCGGUUGCCGAAAUCCAUCGCGAAUCAAAUUUCUUCGUUUCCGCGCAGUCCCGGUCCUCCGGAGUCGCCAGAGUUCGAUUCUAAUCAAGCUUAUCGUAGAUUUGCGGGUCUUUCCGAUAACCCAGUCGGCUGGUGCGACGUGUUUAAUUAAUAUACAAAGAGAAGAUAUUAAGGUAGCGAGGCAUUAGAAUCGUCCCAAGAGGAGCAAACAACUCGGUCGGACGAUUUUCAGAGAACAAGAUUAACGUGUAAUCAUCGAGUGGUCGAUCGUACAAUGCGAUUACCUGCGAGACGCUUGUCGGUUCUCCUUAUUGAACCGUCAAUAAAAAAGAGAGAACCCAAGGAAAAGAGACAAGAAAAUACAGAAAAUAGCCGGCGAAACCCUUACAGGUGUUUAAACAGCAGCGUUUCAUUAGCAUCCGCCCUUUUGGAUGGUUUUAGAAGAGGAGGACGAUCUUUCUUAAGCGAUCCAAGAUGGCGGCCAAGGGUCGCGAAGAAGCGCGUCCCUCGUUUCGUCGAAACGAUCGCUUUUUUUACGAAGAGUCGCGUCCUCGGACACUUCCGGAACACAUCGAUGUCCCCGGGAGGCUAACGAUACGCCGCGAUAACGAUCGAUUCGCUUAGAUCGACGGGCGAUAUAAUUAUCCGUCCCCGUGCGAGCCCAGACCGGUACGUCCGCCAUGGCGCGCGCGGCCAUUGAGGCGACGCGCGUCGCGUGCCGUUUUCAUCGUACCGCGUUUCGCUUAAGUGGCUUGAAAAGUAAUGUCAUUUAGUAGUUUAAGUAGACGAUAUAACUUGACGCCCCCCAAUCGAUGUUGCGUACACACUCUGCUCCCCUCCCCGUUCGCCCAAGAAGUCCGAUUCCGACGGAAAGGAGUUCGGCGGCGAGUCGGCCUUCCUGGGCGCCGCCAUCUUUCUUUUCCGGGGCUCUCCGAAAUGACGCGGUGACGCUUCUUUUUUUCCGCUGCUUUUUCGCGUCGGCAUUCCCACUCCUGUAUCCCCCAGCCCCCUCACCUCUUCCUCCGUUACCUCGUGCAUGCCAACAUCUGUUCUUUGUCUAUGUGUAUGGCCUCGUAAGAUAAAUGUAUAUUUGCGCGUGCGCGCGUGUGUGUGUGCGUUUGGAUAUUUAAACACAUAGGCGUACUUGAGACGGCAUGAAAAAGGUAUAUUCUGCUCGUGAGUGAUAAACUAUUUAGAAACGCAAGAGGAAAGGAAAAAAAUAUAUAUAUGUGGGUGUGUGCGUGCGCGUGUGGAUGUAUAGACGCUACUUCUCUCCCUAUCGUCACGCAGAGUACAAAUGAUAGCAUUAAUAAUGGUCGUUAACGGUAAUUGUAAUGAUGCGCGAUCCUCUUCCGGUAUGUAUUACACGUGUACAUAUGAACUGUAAAAUACUGUGAUAGUAUUUAUUAUGCGUUUAUACAUUUUUAUUAAUAAUACAGCUAUGAUGAACGA